AUGUACCUGUGUCAAGUAAGGCUCAACCCCAGCGUCUACCGAGAGUUGAUGACGAAAAUGAACAUCAACAGAACCAUAGUGGCUAACCCGACAAUAAGAAGGAAAAAAAGGACCUUCAACAUGCAGGGAACCAGCAAAGAUACGAGUGCAACAAUUUAUUUCAAGGCCGAAUUCCUAACAGUCAUCGUUGGACUCGUGCUUUCAGAGGCCUUCAAUGGUAAUGUGACAGGUGACCCAUUCUGUUUUCAAAAGUUUGGCGUGAGUAACAUCAGGCAACUGGUGAGAGGAGAAGAAUACCCUUACGAGACCCUGGAACUAGUGCACAACGACGGUACCCGAGAUCUGAGAGGUUACUAUCGGUUCUUACAAGCUACAGGAUGUUUGUGCAAACAUCAAGGAAAUAUGGUCAGAAGAGAAGACUGGGGUCAAGGUAAGAAUUGCACACUGUUUGUAUUUGACAAUGCAGCCAACGGAUGUUUAGACAGUGCGGUGUUGAACACCAAGCAGUCAGGAGAGUUACAGAUCGUGAUGAACUUCGGUGUACCACCAGGUAACAACUUCAUGGUCAUCUUGUACGGAGAGUUUGAGAACCUCUUGGAAAUAGACAAGAACAAAGCCGUGUUGUACGACAUUUACCAACGCUGA